CUGUACGGCUAGCUCGAACUAUAUUUUAAGAUCAUUGCUAUUAAACAAUUUCCCCAGAGUUAAUACGGACUGUAAACAAAAAAACGUAAAAACACAUCGAACAAAGCAAACUGACCGUUAUUGUUUGGAAAUAUGGCGGAAGUGAUAAUCUCCAUUUUAUUCUGAUUGGUCGCUAAGUAGACUGACAGUGAGACUAUAAUUUACGGACAAGCUAAUCAGAUUUAGUAUAACAAGUCCUGGAGUUAAGCGUGAAGUCCAUUCGUCUAUUUGGCUGAAUCGAGUUUCGUGGUUCUAUCUGAUGUCAUUUCGUGAUGAAAAAUAUAAAUCUAAAUCCUCACCCUUACCAUCAACUGUAAAUCAUAAUCUUUGUUCUUCACACAUGUUUAUAACUUUCAUUAAGCUCUAGCAAAUUGGACAUUCUCAAGGUCACUUUGGCGUCGUUCAAAGGUCGUCCUUAAAUCAUAGUCUCGUCACGAGUAGUUUUGUAAUUGUAUUUUAAUUGUUAUCUAAAUCCCACUGUGGUCAUUUGGGCUAAAUAGUUACUUAAGCGAAUGGAAGUCAGAUUAGGCUCAAUUCAAAAAGAAGUAUUCACGAACGUUAACACUGACUAGUACACUCAUCCCUAGCCCCCAACAUUGGGGAAACUUCCCCAGGUCUAAGGAAAUUUCGGGGUUUUUGCGCCAUUUCCCCAAAAUUUACUAUAGCGGCUUUCCCAAAAUGGGCCAAAGUUUUCCCAAAAUUGGGAGCUUGGGAUCUAAAGCACAUCGAUGAAUUAUAGUUCCAAAAUAUUGAAAAAGUUGGUAAAAUGUUUGGAAGUAGACUUUCCAGGGUGGAAAUUGAAUAAUAAUGGGAAUCUACUGUUAUCAAAAAGUCAGUGACUUGAAGGCCUGCAUGAAUAGAGUUCGGUUAACUUCCAGAAAACAAUCAAGAUGAAUAUCAGAUGGACUAAAAACUAGGCUCUUAAACAGGAAACCCUUCAGUUAUAGGGUCUGGAUAACUUGCUGUUGAAGAUAACUCUUAUUAAAACGACAAUACCCGAACCACAGCAGUGAACUUGAAUUGAUAAUCAGGUUUACAAUUUCAGUGACUGACUCAAACUACAUUCAGUGGAAUUACUGUUCUCUGGAUGCUUAUCAUUUAAGAAAGUUGAUUACAAAGCACUGAAGCCAAAAAUCGUCAUUUUACUCAUGCAUAACUAUGAUAUCGUAUUAUUAAAUUCACUAGAACAGUAGUAGGAGAAUAUUCUCCCCAAAGACAGAUAUUUCAGACAAUACUGCCUUCAUAUUAUGACAGUAAGAAAGAGAGACCGUCCCAAGAGUUGUGUGAUUCACAAUGACCAUGACUUUCCUUUUCUAGCGUCGGUAUAUUGGAACAGAUAAAUUCAACAAAACCCCCCUUCCGUUUUUUAAAAUAGAUAUUGUUUUAUGGAGCUCAAGCAGAUAGUUAUUAGGCUCUGUAAUCGCUAGCCCACUUUCCCCUUCUAAUACUUCGUGAUGUCUUUUCUUGAUGUGGGUAAUCAGGAUUUACGAGCAACGUACCCAAGUUUAGAGACACGGUAACAUUUUUUAGCUGUCUAACUGAUUUUCUGCAUCAUCACGCCGUUACAAAUAAGAGAUUUUAUGUGGACAGUGGUCACUUGGCGGCAUGAAUGGAGCUUGGAUGCUUAUAUGUUUGUGUGAAAUUUCGUCUUAAUAUGACUGCGCACGAGUCUGCACUAAAUGAAUAGCAAAGGACAAAACAACUGGUCACUAACUUGUUUAGUGGGUAAGAAAACCUACGUUAAAAUAUUUAACACAAAAAUCUGGUUUUGAAUGGAACUAACUGUGUAUCCAUGUUUCUUAAAUAUUCCACCAGGUGUCACAGGAUCCAUUAAUCUGUUUCUAUGGAGUUUCAGAAGCUCACUCAUUUAGAUCCUAGUUAUUGAAAUGCUGUACUCAUCGUGACUUCAUAAGGACAGGCAAAAGUCGGAAUACCUGUUGUUACUUGCAUUUUUUGCUAACAUAUUGAUAUAAACAAAUAAUGAGCUGUUCUGAAUACAGCUGUCUUCAAACAUUUGCGUGGAUUCUUUUCACACAUUUGUGGUGUUGUCACUGCCUAUAUUUAUAUACUUAAAGGCAGGGUUCAAUUACACCAACCAGUAAAUCCUGUGGGACUUCUUUUAAGGACGAUGUAAUGAAUAUUAUCACGUUGUUGAAAACUGGCGACUAUGUUGAAGAUGGAUGACAUUAAUUCAUCCAGUCAACUGAAUUCUCAUAACCUUAUAAAAUACCCAGACAUAUUAUCCUGAUUUUUAGUUUCAAAAUUACUUUGUACAUUUAUUUUAUGAAUUCUUUCUUAUUGAAUCAUAUUCUACAUACCUAAUCUUUUUUACUACCACCGAUAAAACUGCUAAUAUUUAGGCAGUCACUUUCAUAAUUUCAUCUUUUUGUACUAAUAUUAUGUGGCGAAUUGAACCGAUUCACAUAUGCCCCAUGUUUUACGUUGCUUAUGACUAACGGACUGGUAAAAUACUGCUGUGCUGUUUUUAGGAAAAUAAUUACUUAAUUACAGUUAGCCUCAAGAUUUACCUUCUAUGAAUUGAAAGUCGCAUAUGUCUGAAUGAUAUCCAAGUAGUGUCCAUAAAAGUGUAUGAGCAAGCCUUUUUCAUAACAUUUUUGUGGACAUAUCCUAUAAGCUCUGGCUUGUUAUUCCUGCAUUAUAUACUAUGCUCAAAUGUUUUAUGUAUACGUUAAUUCUGGGAAUCAAGACAAUUAUCCCAUUUUCCUAAAUUGCAUGACUGUUCAUAAUUGUUAUGUGCUGUUCUUUCAUUUCGAUUAGUUUAAAACGUUGAAUUUGUCAUCAACUAUGAGUGCGAAUAUUGAAAAGAUAUUUCUUAAUGUAAUGACGUCACGGCCUUUAUAUCAAUGGGCUGAUUUCGAAAAAUCACUAUUUUAUGCUCAAGAGGUUACGCGUAUUACUUAUGUGAAGGGCGAUUUCGAAAAAAUGCACACUGAUAAAGGGACACGAUAUAAGUACAUUAAUUACAAAUGUUCUCAUUCAACUGGACCAUCAAACUCUCCGAAUAUGAACAAUAACAAUGGUGUUAAUGAAGGAUGUACUGCAGCAUUCCAAGUUCGAUGGGUUGAUAAUUGUUAUGUAGUCACCUUUAUAAAUCAGGAACAUAAUCAUAGUCACUCUUCAAAUAAUCGGGCGAAGAAAGCACCAGAAAAUAAAAGGAGACAUAUCGAUGCAUCGAAUGGAAAGAAAAGCCAAGGAAAUAAUCAAAGUUUUAAUCAUCCAAUAGUUAUAUCAAGUAUUCGAGACCAAAUAGCUCAAAGUAGUGAAACUUUGGACCAGGUUUUAUCGAUUAUCAAUCGGAAUUCAUAUGUUGGAAUUGAAAGAAAUUCUUCGGAUCAAGUAACACAAAUUACAUUAGCACGUUACGAACAAGUUGACGUAUAUCGUCAAUAUCCAGAAGUAGUACUUUUAAACGCUGCUUACGAUGUGAAUUCAACGGGAUUUUCAUUAUUUCAAUUUGUUGUGACUGACGGUUUUGGUUGUCCUAGACCAAUUAUGUAUUCAAUAAGCACUAUCCAACAAAAAGAAGAGAUAAAAAUUCUAUUAAAUCAUUUUUGCGGUAUUGUUGGCAGCGUUGAUGACACUCGCACAUUUAUAAUGGAUUGUGCUAUAGUUCAGUUGGAUGUUGUACAAAAAAUGUUUCCGAAAGCCAGAAUCUUACUGAAUCCUUUCAUUAUUAAAGAAUCAUUUACAAGAAAAUGCGAUAGUCUCACAGCUGUUGCAGUUUUUCACGCAAUGAUUACUACAGUAUCUCCUUUACAAUUUGAUUAUUACCUGGAGAGAUUAAAAAAUACGAGUAUUAAUGCAUAUAAUUACGUGGUGAAUACAUGGAUUCCUACAAAGAAAAUGUGGGCAGCUUCAUAUUGUCUGGAUGCUGUAACUCUUGGCGCCAGUACUGCUGAAAUCAUUAAAGGUGUAAAUUUCAGCUUUAAAGAAUCACUGAAAAAGCUUACUUCUGUUAAAGAAAUUAUGACUAUAAUAUAUAAUGAAGCUGGAAAGCAAUGGGUUUAUCCUAGUAUCAGUAUCAUCUCAUCAUCAUCGUUGUCAUUCCCUGGACAUUCUACUAAUAAUCUAAAUAAUAAUAAUUUAUCAGAGAAAUUUAAAUAUAUUUUAGAAAAAUUAACUGAUUAUGCAGCAGAAAUGGUCUACAAACGUUUAACUAAAGUUGAUAAAGUCAAUAUAGAUUUCACCAAUGAACAAUUAGCUUUAUGCGCAGAUUCUUCAUUUGUAUAUGAAGUUGAUCGUGACAAUGCUACAUGUUCUUGUUCAUUCAAUAUAUCGUCGUUUCUUCCUUGUGAACAUUUAUUAAAGGUGUUUAUGGUUCAUGGCCUACAUAAAGACUUACUAUAUCGAAGUAAACGUUGGCUUCAAUGUAACAAUCAAAAUUUAUCUAAACCACCGAUAGUAGUAGUUACUGAACCAACAAAUCAAUCAAGUAUUUGUUUAGAUUAUAAAAAAGCUGUAACAGAUACAAUUGAAAAAUUAAAAGAUUUUCAAACACAAUAUUCGGAACAGGUUGUACUAGAAACAGCUAAACAAAUAACUAUUCUAUUAGAAUCAGUAUUACCAAAGUCAUCUAUAAUUUUAUUAAAUAAUAAAUAGUGAAUUUUCCUUGAUUAAGCGAACAGUUCAAUGAUUCUAUUUCAACAUAAAAUUUCUUGUAUAUAUAUCUAUCUAUAUUGAUUUAGUUAUGAAUAGGAUGAAAUACAAUAAUGUACAGCAGAUCAGUUUUUAUCCCAUUAUACAAAAUUCACAGAUUCUACAGAGAUGUAUUCAACAUUUAAGAUAAUAUUCUGCUAUAUAAAUAUUUUUAUCUAACUUGAAUAAAACUUGACAAACAGCUGUUGAAUGGAUAAAAAAAGCCUGUUCAUUCUUGUUGUUAUCGCUGUUUGUGUUGUUAGUUCUCAAACUGUGUCCACUUAUAAUCCAACUUCCUGCAACAUUUUUAUAUAUCUACUAAAUUGUUUUAUCAAAAUUCAUAUUGAUUUUCUCAAUAUAAUAUUUUAGAUAUUGUAAUGUAGUUUUCUCUAUAUUGUAUACAGAGCAAAAAUGACUUAUUUUAUUAUAGUC